AUGAUGGGUAACGAGAGUUCACAGUUAAGUGGCCUAGAAAUUGAAGAGAAGGCUAUAGAGGUAACCGAUUUUUGGUGCCACUAUCAGGCCACAAUUAAUGAUAGCUGCAGAUAUUUCAGCCUGAAAGGCGAUGGAUCAGUUUCAGUUUUCAAGGGAGAGGCAGCAGUUGGUCCUCUGUGGUCGAUAUCAACACCACUGGAAAAAUUUUCAAACAAUCUUCUAAAGUACCGUCAUCCGUGCAUUGUUCGGUAUAUCUCGGCUUGGCAACAGCGUUCUACUCUGCACUUAGCUACAGAGUAUGUGCAGCCAUUGUCACAUAUCCUUCCAUCCUUAACACCUCUCCAAAUAUGCAUAGGACUCAACAAUAUCUUGAGAGCUUUGGUGUUUAUUCAUGAACAAGCUGGUAUGUCUCACAACAAUGUUAGUGUGUCAGCAAUAUAUGUUACUGGAGAUGGUCAAUGGAAGCUGGGAGGACUGCAGUACCUGUGCCCCUUUUCUGAACUAACAGCAGCUUAUUUGAGACAUGCAAGGAUUCACAGGUAUGACAAAGCAGUUGAUCCCAAUGAAGAUUCAUAUGAGAUUACUACUAAAGUGGACCAAUAUGCAUUUGCAGUAUUAGUGGAUGAUGUUUUUAAAGAAUGCAAAGAUGAUGAAGUGCCACAUUUAAAGGAAUUCAAGAAAUACUGUAGAGAUUGCUUACAACAUCAAAAUCCUGCCAAAAGACCCAAUUUAUCAGAACUGUUACAACAUAACUUUUUCAAUCAUGAAUUUAUUUCUAUAUAUAAAUUUCUCAAUUUCCUUCCUCUGAAAUCAGAAGAAGAAAGGUGCCAGUUUUUUACAAAUAUUUUAGACAAUCUAAAAUGUUAUGAUGAAGAAACUGUUGCCAAGCAACUAGGAGGACUUUUACUAUCUAGACUCACAAUGUUGGACCAAACUGCCAGAAAAGAUGUCAUUCCUUUUAUUCUUAAACCUAAAAAUGAUCGCAUUACUAAUGGUGAAGUGCCAGGUUUUUUUAGUCUCAGUGUAUUCAAAGAACACAUUAAGCCCAGACUAAUGCAGUUAUUUGGAGUGAGAGAUAGUCAAAUAAGGAUGUUACUUUUGAGACAUUUUUCAAAGUUUGUGCAUGUUUUCUCACAUGAAGAACUGUCUCAACAUAUCCUUCCUGAGUUACUCUUGGGGAUAAAGGACACUGACGACAAUUUAGUAUCAGCAACAUUAAUAUGUUUAAGUGAGUUGGUACCAAUAUUAGGAGCUGACACUGUCAUAGGGGGGAAAAGAUCAAAAUUUUUCACAGAUGGAAGACCUAAUUCAAAACCAAAAUCUUUACUACCUGGUGCCAGUCCGCUAACUGAAAAUAGUAUUUAUCUAACUAAAUCUUUGCGAGAUCUACCUUGUUCCGAGGAGAUAUAUGAAAGCGAUGAAAGAAAUGAAUUAAUUUCAUUUGAUAAGACUUUAACAUUAAAUGAAAGACCUUCACCUGUUGGUGGGGAAUCUUUACAUGAUGAAAUUAUAUCAACAGAAUUACACACAAAACAGAGAGCAGAUAGUGAAGAUGACUGGAGUGACUGGGAUAAUCGUCAAUUGACAACAAAACCAGACUCUCCAAUUUUCGAAGAAGAAAAUAAAAAUGGAAAACUAGUCAACAUCGAAACUGUGGAUGAAAAAAAUUCUUCAAACACAAAUGUAAAUUCAAAAAAUGUAUCUGAAUCAAGAACAACAUUACUGCAAAAAGCUGCAAUGCAAGCAAAAAAGAAUAUCGUAGAUAUUUCUGAAUUGGACAUAAAAAAUCAGAAAUUUGAUUAUUCGAAAAAAGGUUCCGAUGAGUUCGACUUCUUUGCUGAUAUGGCACCAGUAAUUGAAAAGCCAGCUGUUGUAAAUAUUGCUCAAAAUUCUGAAACGUAAGCAGCAAAUUAAACUUUGUUCCAGAUGAAAAUAUAGAUGAGAAUGAAGGCUGGGGCGAGAGUUGGAAUGAUUAG